AUGGGUCUCUCUCUCUCUCUCUCUCUCUCUCUCUCUCUCUCUCUCUCUAGCCUUAAUUUGUUUUCUUCUUUUUCACACACUUUCUCUCAUUUUUCUUUUCUUCCGUCUUUUCCAUUUUCUCUUUUCGUUUCCUUCGAUCCUCAGUUUUCCCUCCAAAUUAUAUACUUAUAUUUGAAUUGUUUUUUUUUCUUCUUUUCUCUUAAAUUCUCUCAUCUCUCUCUUUGUAAAUCUCUUUCAAGUUAUUGUCCUUCUCUAUGUUCUUUUUCUUUUUCAUCGUUGAUUUCCUUGCGGCAUGCUUUACAGCAUGUGUUCAUUGACUUUUUCGUUGCCCUUACCCUCACACACAAAACCUCUCUCUCUCUCUCUCUCUCUCUCUCUCUCUCUCUCUCUCUCUCUAUCUCUCUAUCUAUCUAUCUAUCACUUUCUUUCCUGCGGAACCUCAUCCCAUCAGUUCCUUUUCUAUAUUACUCUUUUCAACUCCCAUCCCACAUUAGAAUUUUGCGAACCCCAGCGGCAAAACAGAGUAGAUGUUUUUCCAUUGACGCAUCUAUUCCAACUGAUGUAGUUGAUGUUUCAUUUCUCUCUCUCUCCCUCUCUCUCUCUCUCUCUCUCUAUCUAUCUAUCUACCUAUCUAUCUAUCUAUCUCUAUCGCUCUCUCGUCCCUCUCUCCCUAUCUGGGGAGAUAUGUCGUUCCUUUCAUCAUAUCGGCUUCUAACUUCUUUCUUUUUUAUAACACUUAUAUUUCUUUUUAAUCAUCAAGCUAUGCUCCCUUUCACCUAUUUUCUCUCUGUAUAA